AUGUUUGCUCUUCGUUUCAAUCCGACAGAGGCGGUCACAGAUGUGCCAGAUCAAUUAGAAGGUAAGCCAAAAAAAUUGAUUCCUUUGAAGAGAAAUAAAUCUUCCGAUGAUGAGAAAGAAAGCGAUGAUGAGGAACCAGAUGUUGUUGAUUCCAGUUCCAGUGUAUUAGAAGAAUUGGACUUUCAAGAGGAGGAAAGUAGCGAUGAAAGUGCUGAGGAGAGUGAAGUGAACAUUCCUGAUGCUGAUAGAAUAGAAAAGAAUGCUGAACAGAAAGAAAAUAAGCAAGGUGAAGAUCAAGAACACAUGGACAUUGAUACAGAUGAGGAAAGUUCUACUAAGCACUCUAUGGUGUUUUCCAGGUUUCAACAAACUUUGUCCUUGCAAGAUAAAAUGAAGAAGUCUUCGAUGGUUAAUGAUGAUGGCGAAGAAGAAGAAGAAGAAGAAGAGGUUGAGCAACAUGACUUAGAGAGUAUUCCUCAACCAGCAAGGGUUAGGGACUCCACGAUAGAAUAUUCUAAGACUGGAGAGCACAAGGAUACCGCAUGGAAAUUUACGGAAAAAAUCCACUACGAUAACAGCAUGAUUAAGUCCUUUGAUGACUACAAAAACCAAUUAGAUCCAAAACUUCUGAAAAAUAUUCAAGAAAAAUUCUCAACUGAAACGUUCCCAAUUCAAACUAUUUUACUGGAUACUGUUUUACCUUCAUUAAAUUUUGCUUUGGGAAUUACCAAGAAAAAUUUAACUAGAAGAGUUGGUGAUAUUUUAGUUAAUGCUUCAACUGGUUCAGGUAAAACUUUAGCUUAUUCUAUUCCAAUUUUACAAGCGCUAAUCAAACGUAAUGUUAAUAAGCUUAGAGCCAUCAUAAUAGUUCCAACGAAACUAUUAAUUAACCAAGUAUUCAAUACUUUGAAUAGUUUAGCAAGUGGUAGUAGUUUGAUUAUCAGUACUUCAAGAUUAGAGAGUUCGUUGAAUGAGGAGCAUCAAAAACUUUUAGCAAAUGAACCCGACAUCGUGGUUGUUACACCUGGUAGGCUGGUUGAUCAUUUGCAAAUGGGAUCAAUUUCAGUGAAAAACCUAAAAUUUUUAGUACUUGACGAAGCUGAUAGAUUAUUAAAUCAAUCUUUUCAAAAUUGGUGCAAUGAAUUAUUGAGUAAAAUUAGAACACAGAAGAGUGAUAUUAUGCCUGGUAAUAUUAUCAAGAUGGUGUUCAGUGCCACAUUGACAACAAAUACUGAGAAAUUGCAUAGCUUACAAUUCUACCAUCCGAAACUAUUUGUUGUAGAUUCGGUGAAACUUUACAACAUACCUAAGAAACUUCAAGAAUUCAAUUUUGCAAUUCCAACAGCCAAAAGUAUUUACAAACCUUUGUUUUUAUUACGUCUCUUAGAUCAACUUUCAAAUGCAAAGGUCUUGGUCUUCGUUAAAUCAAACCAGAAUUCCUUGAGAUUGACAUCAUUAUUGUCUAAACUAAUUGAACAAAAUCUAGGUAAGAAACAUACCAUUGAAUCAGUCAAUUCAAAUAAUUCAAGAGGUACCAACAGAAAAAUUGUGAACGACUUUUCUGACGAUAGGUUAAAGAAGGAUGUUUGUACCGUAUUAAUCACAACUGAUAUUAUGUCAAGAGGUAUCGAUAUUAAUAACAUUACCGAUGUAAUAAAUUACGACUUACCAAUAUCUUCACAACAAUAUGUCCAUCGUGUAGGAAGAACAGCAAGAGCUGGUACCGAGGGUACCACUUACAACUUACUGGUUGGUAAGGGUGAAAGAAAAUUCUGGACUGAUCACAUAAAUGUGGACAUUGCCAGAGAUGCGGAUGGUUAUAAACCAAAAUAUGUUGGACAAGGAGAACACAUUGGUACCGAAACAGAUAAUAAAGAUCAAGCAAACGAUGCAGACCAACAAAGGCAAAGAUUUGAAUAUACUAACCCACUUCUUGAAAUUGCUCAAAAAGAUAUUAAUAAUUAUAAAGAUGCAUUAUCAUCACUACACGAAUUGACAAACCAGUGA